AUUCCACUGAAGAAGUGGGGAGUGAAAGUGAAGAGGAGGUUGCCAUUGAGGAGGAAGCUUCAGCGAGUCAGGAGGAGGACUUUGGUGUUGAGUACUUGCUGAAGCAGGAUGAGGAUCGUGAAGGCGAGGGAGAAAAUGACUCGGCUCCAGCUCCAGGGCCCAAGAAGGAAAUCACUGACAUUGCAGCAGCAGCAGAGAGCCUGCAGCCCAAAGGCUAUACUCUGGCUACUACGCAGGUGAAGACACCCAUCCCUUAUCUGCUGCGAGGAAUUCUACGAGAAUAUCAGCACAUUGGCCUGGACUGGUUGGUUACUAUGUAUGAGAAGAAACUGAACGGUAUUCUGGCUGAUGAGAUGGGGCUUGGCAAAACAAUCCAGACCAUCUCCCUGCUGGCACACCUGGCCUGUGAAAAGGGUAGCUGGGGACCCCACUUGAUCAUUGUCCCUACCAGUGUCAUGCUGAACUGGGAGAUGGAGAUCAAGCGCUGGUGCCCCAGUUUCAAGAUCCUCACUUAUUAUGGGGCACAGAAGGAGCGCAAACUGAAGCGGCAG